AACCCCAACCUCUUCCUCUGCAUGUACACACCCCUCUUCCCCGGCGCCUCUCUCCAUCUCUUCCUCGUCGAGCUCCGGUUUGGACGAACCUGCCUCCGUUGUCGCAGGCAGCCGCCUUUGGUAUAAAGAUCCAAUUUUGGCGCAGAAGAGAGGCGGGGAGCGUAGGUGUCGGCCAUGGGAUCCACGUCGAAGUCCGACUUCCAGGCGCUGCAGGAGCUCUUCCGUCCCCACAUCGAGUCGUUCGAUUACUUUCUCGAUGAAGGAUUGGAGAAGGCUUUCCUCUCCAUACGGCCCAUCGAGAUCUCGGACCCUCACACCGGAAUCAAGCUCAGAGUUUCCUUGGAGAAGCCGCAGUUACUUCCUCCGAUGAGGGACGGGCGCCUGAGCGAACCCUUGUUUCCCCACGAGUGUAGGCAGGCUAGGAUAUCUUAUAAAGGAGAAUUCAGGGCGCUUGUCUGUUUUCAGUAUGACGAAGGAGUUGUUGUCAGAGAAAACAUCAAUUUUGGACAUUUGCCAAUAAUGUUAAAGUCGAAACUCUGCCACUUACGAGGUGCUGACCCACAAAAACUGGUUGCCCACAAGGAGGAGGCAACUGAAAUGGGUGGGUAUUUCAUUUGCAAUGGACUGGAGCGUCUUGUGCGACUUUUAAUCAUACAAAAGCAAAACUACCCAAUGAGCAUGGUGCGCAAAUCAUUUCGUAAUCGAGGACCUGGAUACGGUGAUAAAGCUGUCGUUAUGAGAUGUGUUCGAGAAGAUCAAUCUUCUGUUACACUUAAGUUGUAUUACCUUGAAAAUGGAAGUGCAAGACUUGGAUUUUGGAUAAGAGGAAGGGAAUUCUUGCUUCCUGUUGGGAUUGUUCUGAAGGCUCUCAUUGACACAAAUGAUCAUGAAAUCUUUGUGAGCUUGACAUGCUGUUAUAAUGAUCGAUACCAAAGAGAAAAAGGUGCAGUUGCCACUCAACUUAUUGGUGAAAGAGCUCAAAUAAUUCUUGAUGAAGUCAGAGAUUUGUCCCUUUGGACUCGCUCUCAGUGCUUAAAGCAUAUCGGAGAGUACUUCCGACCUGCCAUGAAUGGAUUCGAAACUGAAAGUCAUACAACUGUCGCAGAAGCUGUUCUUAGAGACUAUAUCUUUGUUCAUCUUGCAAGCAACCAUGACAAGUUCAAUUUACUAAUAUUUCUGCUGCAGAAACUUUAUGCACUUGUGGACCAAACUGCUGCACCUGAUAAUCCUGAUGCAUUGCAAAAUCAAGAGAUUCUGUUGCCUGGGCAUUUGAUAACCAUUUAUCUUAAGGAGAGACUUCAAGAUUGGUUGAAGAAGUCAAAACGUCAACUUCUUGAUGAGACAGCAAAGAAGGAAAAAAACAUCGAUAUCAAGAAUCUAACACAGGUUAAGAAGUUCUUUAGUCGUAGCUCUGCAACUAUUGGCAGGGCUAUUGAAAGUAUGUUAAAAAUCGGAAGGCUAAAUACAGCAUCCGGUUUAGAUUUGCCUCAGAGAGAAGGAAUGAGCAUUCAGGCAGAGAGACUCAACUUCUUUCGAUAUCUCUCACAUUUUCGUUCUGUUCAUAGAGGUGCUUCUUUUGCAAAAAUGCGCACUACUAGUGUACGGAAAUUGCUACCAGAGUCUUGGGGUUUUCUUUGCCCCGUUAAUACACCUGAUGGGGAGCCUUGUGGUUUGCUAAACCAUAUGACUUGUGCUUGUCGUGUUGCAUCUUUCUAUGAUUCAGAAGGAAGAGUCAAAGAUUUUCUCAAGAUAAGAAUGUCCAUAUUAUCUGUUUUGGUUGGGAUUGGGAUGACACCAUUGCUUCCUAAGCUUGAGCGUGCUGGGCCACCAGAAGUUCUUCAUGUUCUUUUAGAUGGAUGUGUUGUAGGAUCUAUUUCUUCUGUUAAAAUAGAGGAAGCAGUUGCACAUAUUCGGAGACUAAAGCUGUCUGGCAUUUGCGGGAUUCCUGAAGAUUUGGAGGUUGGAUACGUACCUUUAAGUUUUGGUGGGGCAUAUCCGGGCUUGUAUAUGUUUACUAAUUCAUCCAGAUUUAUCCGGCCGGUUAUAAAUCUUAUCCAAGUGACCGAUGGAAGUAAGAAUAUUGAACUUAUUGGGCCAUUUGAACAGGCAUUUAUGGAAAUAAGAUGUCCUGAUGGUGGAAAUGGUGGAAGAAGGGAAUUCUUUCCUGCGACGCAUGAGGAAAUACACCCGACCGGAAUACUUAGUGUGGUUGCCAAUCUUACACCCUGGUCUGAUCAUAAUCAAAGUCCCCGAAACAUGUACCAGUGCCAGAUGGCAAAACAGACAAUGGGUUUUUCUGCCCAAGCUCUGCAAUAUCGUGCAGAUCUGAAGUCAUAUCAUCUUCAGACUCCUCAAUCACCAAUUGUUCGGACUGCUUCAUACAGUAAAUACUGCAUGGAUGAAUUCCCAACAGGCACAAAUGCAAUUGUUGCUGUCCUGGCUUACACAGGUUAUGACAUGGAGGAUGCCAUGAUCUUGAAUAAGUCAUCUGUUGAUCGUGGGCUAUGCCGUGGGCACAUAUAUCAGACAGAGUCGAUUGAUUUGGCAAAUAAGCAUGAAAAGGAAGAUCGGCUUUUGGAAAUCUUUGCUAGGAGCAAUGACAGGAAAUUGAAGUCUUCUAUUGAUUCAGAUGGCCUUCCUUAUGUUGGACAGACCAUACAUCCAAGUGAGCCAUUGUAUAGCACUUAUAAUACCUUAACGAGUAUUACCAAACCUACUUUGCUGAAGGGUUCAGAAGAUGUGAUCAUUGACUAUGUUGCUGUUGAUGGUACUGGCUCAAAAAAUUACUUGCAAAAGGUUAACAUUCGUACCCGGCGCACCAGAUAUCCUAUUAUUGGUGACAAGUUUAGCAGCCGACAUGGGCAAAAAGGUGUCUGCUCUCAGAUGUGGCCUGAUGUUGACAUGCCAUUUUCUGCGGUUACCGGGAUGCGACCGGAUCUAAUCAUUAAUCCUCAUGCAUUUCCUUCACGAAUGACUAUUGGAAUGCUUUUGGAAUCUAUUGCAGCCAAGGGAGGAAGUCUGCAUGGAAAAUUUGUUGAUGCAACCCCUUUUUCUAGAUCAGUCUGUAAUGCAGAUGAGGAUAAACCAUCCAAAUCAAGCUCUGUGGUUGAUGAAUUAGGUCCAAUGCUGACUUCUUAUGGUUUUAACUAUCAUGGAGUAGAGGUCCUGUACAGUGGAGUUUAUGGUACAGAGUUGACUUGUGAGAUCUUUAUUGGGCCUGUUUAUUACCAACGACUUCGACACAUGGUCUCCGAUAAAUUUCAGGUCCGCUCGACUGGAACUGUGGACCAGAUCACCCGGCAACCAAUAGGAGGAAGGAAACGAGGUGGAGGUAUUCGUUUUGGAGAAAUGGAACGAGAUGCUGUUCUUGCUCAUGGAGCUGCCUACCUCUUACACGAUAGGCUUCAUUCAUGCUCCGACUACCACAUAGCAGAUGUAUGCUCCUACUGCGGAAGUGUACUGACGGCCACUGCAAUACAACCUCAGAAGAGAGCAGUGCGUGAAAUCCAUGGUCUGCCGCCGGCAAGAACUCCCAAGAACUAUAUAUGCCAAUCUUGCAAAACAGGCAAAGGGAUGGAGACUGUGGCAAUGCCUUAUGUCUUCAAGUAUUUGGCAGCAGAGUUAGCAGCAAUGAACAUAAAAAUGGAGCUCCAAUUGAGUAACCAAGCAGGUUCAUGUACAUAAGGAUUGUGGUUAAAGUUCCCAACAAUUUUCCCAUGGAACCACUUCAAGCUGGGGUUCUUUGACGCACUGUAAGAUUCCAGACAUUGACACUACCUGAUUUAACAAUGCAGAUGAGAAUUGAAGUGCAAGUGGAGUUUGCUUUUGCUCGGGAUGAGCAAUUAAGCUUAAGUAGUGAUACUAGGAAGAGCAUAACAAUCAAAGUCACAUAGUUGAGAUCAUUAGUGCCCUGUGCCAUUUUGAUUCUUGUAACUUUUUUGUAGUUUUGCUUUGAGGAGGUGAAACUAUAGGAUGAAAAACGACUCUUGUGGUUGACAUUAUGCUGACAGUAAUUAUGUGUACAUUAUGCUGAAGUUGACAUUAGCUACAUAAUGUGGUGGACCGCUAAACAAAUAAACCUUGUGAGUUAUGGUAAAUCCAUUUGUAAUCUUGUUAUUUUGAAUCUAAUUUAGAGAUAUCCUGA